AUGGAAAAAAAUUCUCGGUUGCCGGAAAAUUUAUCUGCCGGUCGGCAAAUGGCGAUCGAAGAACUCAUUCGGGGUCAUGAAUUUGCCACGCAACUUCAGAUUAUCCUCCUUAAGUCCACCGAAGAUCAUGAGUCAGUCACAGCAGAGGAGCUGGUUGCAAAGAUCUUGAAAUCGUUCACGGAGGCUCUUGCAGUACUGAAUUCCGGCAAGUCUGGUGAGAAUUAUGAAGAUCCGGCAACUGCGCAAGACGGUUCGCCUUGUUCCGAUGUCCAGAAGAUUGAAGAUUCCGGCGAGAACAGGAAAAGACCCGCUUCCAUUGAUCAUCCCAGAGGGGGUUAUAAGAGGAGAAAGAUGGUAGAGACAUGGAUCAAGGUCACUCCCAAGCCUAUAGAAGACGGCCAUUCCUGGCGAAAAUACGGCCAGAAAGAGAUUCUCAAUGCCAAAUACCCAAGGAGCUACUUCAGGUGUACCCACAAGCACGACCAAGGUUGUCUAGCAACCAAACAAAUUCAAAAGACCGAAGAAGAGAAUCCUCCAAUGUAUCGCACUACUUACAUAGGCCACCACACAUGCCAAGAUAUGCUCAUGAAAGCCCCCCAAUUUGUCAUGGAUAGCUCUCCUGGAGAGGGUUUUCUAUUGAGCUUUGAAUCAAACACUUCAACCAAACCAGAGCAGCUUCCCUCUUGCUUCUCAUCAAUCUCUUCUAUCAAACAAGAACACAAGGAACAAGAAAAAGCCCUUGUUAUUGAUCCAAAAACCCAUCAUUACAACCAAUCAUCCUUGGAAUAUUUCCAAUGGUCAGAUCUACCAGAGAUUAAUGAAUCAUCUAGACCAACAUCAUCAGUAUUGUUGCCUUCAACUCCAGGGUCAGAGGAUUAUGGAGAUGUUUCAGGCGGGUAUUCAUGUACUACCACCACUAGCAGCUCUCACAGUAGCUUUGAUAUGAGUUCUGUUCAUUUUGAUGAAUUCAAAUUUGAUGAUUUGCUCUACUAGGAAUUUAAAAGUUAGAUGGGAAAGUUCUGUUU